AUGUCAUUCUUAGUCUACGCUAUAUAUGCAGUAGUUCUUGAUCAACCAAGGCCUAGAGCUUUCUCUCAAGGACUGACCAUACUCGCUGCAGCCUCUGCCUUUGCUCAACAACUCUUCCUCUUCCAUCAUCACUCUGCUGACCACAUGGGCAUCGAAGGACAAUACCAUAAGCUCCUCCAGCUUGUCAUCUUUGUUUCUCUCCUUACCACUCUAAUGGGUAUUGCCUUGCCUAAAAGUUUCUUGGUAAGUUUUGUGAGAUCAUCAAGCAUAGCUUUCCAAGGAGUGUGGUUUAUUUUGAUGGGCUACAUGCUUUGGACACCUAGCUUAAUUCCCAAGGGAUGUAGUCUUCAUGAAGAAGAAGGCCACCAGGUGGUUAGAUGUUCAAGCGACUUAGCUCUAGACCGGGCCAAGUCGCUGGUCAACAUCGAGUUUAGCUGGUGUCUUGUUGGAAUUACAAUAUUUGUCAUGUCAUUGUACUUAAUUCUUGACGGAGUUUAUGGUGAAAAUAUUGAAUAUUUAGGUCUAACCACUAAAGACCAAGCUGAAGAAGAUGGUGAAUAA